GGCAUGCAUGAGUAAAGCGCCUACUCCAAAGACAACACCCUUUGUUCCAGCACUCUCGCUGCCAGGUGUGAGCGAGCCCUUUGAACAAGGUGUCCGCUUGGGACAUCACCGUCAUCAUCAAAUCGUCUCAUUACUGGUAUCACAGUCGGUCUGCGCUGGCGCGCAUCCCGCGGGCCUGAAGGAGUUCCGGUCCAAGACGGCCGCGGCAUCUGCGCUCUCUGCAACAGCAGCGGCUGUGGGAAGGGUGACCUGCGGCGCUUGUCGUUCGCUCUUGGCGAUUCCCAGUGGAAAUGUAUGCCUGCCCACGAGGCUUGGGGAAUCAAGGUCACCCGAGCGCGCAGGCGACCGCGCGUGUGCACAGCUCGAUGGAGUUUGAGAGGCGCGUUGUGGCGGUCGAGUCCCUGCUGUUCCUGGGUGAACGUGGAGCAGUUCCGGCGUCCCGGUGCCGCUUCCACGCGCUCCUCUCGCCAGCAUCUCUCAAGCAUGACGAAAAACUUUUUUCUCACACACCAUCGCCGAAUCCCGGACCCGCAGAAGCUCACCUACCAGACGCUACCGCGGCUGUUAUUUUCCAUCCAAGCUGGACGGCUCAUGACGCUCAUGGGCGGCUCCGGUUUGGUUUGGAGCGAGAGACCGACGUCAGCACCUCGUCAGCACCAGCUUGUAGCUCGACAUCACUUGCCAGCUGUCAACCUGGCCCCCGCCUCAUUCUCCAAUUGUCGAGAAUGACGCUCGAGGCCGAGACUCGCUCGCUGCGCUGCCCGGAUCAAGCAGAAUCGUAAGUGCUACGUUGAAGGGAGCCUUUUCGUGAGGGGACAAUGAUGUUAGAGACAGAAAACUGCCGUUGCAACAAUGAUAAGGUGCGGGAACGAUGUAAUAGCGCAUUAGCGGCUCAGUGAGGCCGAAACCGUUUUCUAUUUAAUGCCAUGCAAGUCAAUCAUUGAAGGCU